AAACGUGUCAAUUAGAAACAUGGAAGGUGUGCCCCUUGACAUAGGCCAUUUUGAUAUGCGUUCGAGUUUACAGGGAUUACUAUCCUAGGCGCUGAUCAGGCGCUGGCAAGCGCUGGUCAAACCGUCUAGCAAAGGAUAAACAAGAAAGUUCCGAAGCAUAUAGCAGUGGAUUCAUAAAAUAUUUUAUCAUAAACUCGUUCCUUUUAUUGAAUAAUUCGUUAGGAACAUUUAUUAUUGUGUCGAGUUCGAGUGCAGAUGUAACGUGAUUUACGUGUAUGGAUUUUCACCAUAAAUUACCAAUCGUGAAAGUGAUUUCCAACGAAGUGUAGAAUUUUCCUGUUACUCCGGAGUUUCUACCAAAAAUGGAGAACAUAAUGGGUAUCGAAAUCGUGAAAGUGGAUGAAACUGUUCUAAUCAGGGACACAACGUACGAGAAUUUCAUUGGUCCACAGGUGGAAGAAACUGUUGUAAUGCCUACCGAAGAAAAAGAAUCCACUGAGAUGAGUGUUAUUGAUGGUCAAAUUAUACAAAUUAUAACUGAUUUUGAGUGUGUAACGUGUCACCGUGUCUUUCAGUCAGAAGAUAUGCUGAAGGAACAUUUGGAUGAGUGUAGGGAGGAAGAUGAUUCCAACACCUUGCAGUUGAGUUAUCUUGAAAAUUAUGAUUCGGAAGAGGAAGAGAAAGAUGACAAUUCAGAUUACGUCAACACCUCGAAUACAGAAGAUUCUAGUUCCAAUAGUCAAGGAAAUAAUAAUGAUAAGCCAGUAAUUAAACCUGUACCUGAAACCCAAUGCCAUUGCUGUGCAGAGGACUUGAGUAAUGCCCACAGCGGUGGUAACUUUUCUUGUGAAUACUGUGAACUAUCGUUUAAAAAGAAAUCCUCGUUGGAAAGACAUGUUGUAGUAAUUCACUGGCAAGCUGAUUCUUGUACCUGCGUUGAUUGCGGGCAGUCGUUCCGCGAUAGGAAGGCGUUGAAUAAACACCGUUAUAUUACUCAUGCGGACAAAAAAAUAUACAAGUGCGAACGCUGCGAGACUUAUUUUUCACGGAUGUAUCAUUUAAAUCGUCAUGUAAUGCAUUCCGGCUGUCACGGGAAUAUUAUAAAAACGUUUAGUUGCCAAGUUUGUGAGAAAGUAUUCACGCGGAAAGAUAAUUUACGGGAUCAUUUGCGGACUCACGCUGGAACUCCGCAAAGGCAGAAAAAACCGUGUAGAUAUUGUCCUAAGGAAUUCAGUACGAAUCAGCAAUUAUUAAUUCACGAACGUGCGCAUACAGGCGAACGGCCACUUCAGUGUGAUUUAUGUCCAAAAUCAUUCAUGUCCUCUCUCGCAUUGAAAAAGCACAGACGCAUUCAUACGGGCGAGAAACCAUUCGAAUGUAAAUAUUGUCAAAAGAAGUUUGCCGCUCGGGAGACUUUGAAUCGUCAUCAGAGAACUCACACCGGAGAGAAGCCUCACGCUUGUCAAUAUUGCGGCAAGUCGUUUAUACAAGGUGCUCAAUUGCGAGCUCACAUAUUUCAUCACACUGGUGAGAACGGCUUCUACUGCGAUGUAUGCGGCAAAGCAUUUAACAGAAGAGCCCGUUUAAACGUCCACAAGAAAUUUGUACACGAAGGAGCAACUCCGUUCACGUGCAAAGUUUGUGAGAAGAAGUUUAUAAGAAAGGAGGACCUGGUUAAACACGAGAUGCUCCACACGGGAGUUAAACCGUUCAAAUGCGACAAGUGCGAGAAAGCAUUUUCUACAAAGUCUUCCUUGCAAGCUCAUAUGAAUACUCAUAGAAGGGAACCGCCACAAUCGUGUAUCGAAUGUAACAAAGUUUUCAUUCGGCAAGAUUGUUUGAUACGGCACAUCAAAGCUAAACAUCGUGAUCUACUCGAGGACGUUAUGAACGAGGUCGAGAAAAAACAUUUACAGAACACGCUGCACAACAUUGCCGCAACUGCAUUCAAUAAAAUAAAUAAUGGAGAGUCCACGAAACUCUCUACCGACGGGUUGUUGAAAUCCAUCGCGGAUCUCUUAAAAAUAUUAAUUGACGAUGAGACGCUACAGUUCUUUGGUUGGCCUGAUAAUCCUAUUCAAGAUGUGCUGGAAGCCGUGGUUAGGAGAUGCGGGAAACAAGCUCUAACUGCAGAAAGUAAUUUACCAUUUACAGAGAGAUUGAGAGAGAAUAUCAGACGCUUAUUUAUGGUUGUCAUAGAAGAUAAUUUCGUGAAAUCUCUAUUGACAAGAAAUACGGUAGACGAUGUUAUCGUACAUGUUUUGGAGCUUUCAAAGGAGAAUGCAGUUAAAUCAUAGCCGUACAAGGAAUAUAAAAUAUUCUAUUCAUACAUGAUAUAUUCAUACACAGUUAAAUUUGAUCAUACAAAUACACAGUUAAAUUUG